ACACAGAGGUGGCCCGAGCAGGGUUGGGCACUUUUGCAUCUGUUCUUGGUGGCAUCUUUUACUCAGGCAGAGGAGCAGGUGUGCAUACAGAGAGGAGAUCCUGAAAACCCUCAGCUAGGUAAGGAUGGAGACAUUAUGUUAGGAGGACUUUUCUCUUUCCACACCAACUGGAAAGAAAGAGAAAACACCUACAUGGAAAGGCCCCCGCCACUGCAAUGCAUUAGAGAAUUCCAGUUAGCCCAGGCAAUGCUUUUUGCCAUUGAGGAGAUCAAUAACAGUUCAGACAUACUGCCGGGCAUCUCUCUUGGAUAUAAAAUAUAUGAUACAUGUGGAUCCAUUGCUAGAAGUGUGAGAGUUGCACUGGCCUUGGUUAACAGUAAUGAAAUGGUGUCUUCACCUUUAAAGGCAUGUACAAGACCUGCCCAAGUGCAGGCCAUAAUGGGAGAAACUUCUUCUUCUCCCUGCACAGCAAUAGCUACUGUCAUGGGUCCUUUUCAUAUCCCACUGAUCAGCCACUUUGCCACUUGUGCUUGUCUCAGUGAUAAAAUCAAGUACCCCUCAUUUCUUAGAACAAUACCCAGUGACUAUUAUCAGAGCAGAGCUCUUGCACAUCUGGUAAAACAUUUUGGUUGGACUUGGGUUGGAGCUGUAAGGUCAAAUGAAGAUUAUGGCAAUAAUGGAAUGGCAACAUUCAUUGAAACUGCACAGCAGCUGGGCAUAUGCGUAGAGUAUUCUGUAUCUUUCUUUAGAACUGAUCCGUCAGACAAAAUACAAAAGAUAAUUGAUAUUAUCAAAGCUUCAACUUCAAAAGUGAUUGUUACCUUCCUCUCCCACAUGGAUUUAGAUGUAUUAUUACAAGAGUUGUCUGGCCACAACUUAACUGGCUACCAGUGGGUGGGAACUGAGGCUUGGAUAUUUGAUUCUCAAACUGCAGAAGGAGAUAUUAAUCACAUUUUAGAUGGAGCAAUAGGCCUGUCCAUUCCUAAAGCAUAUGUGACUGGUCUGAGAGAGUUCAUGCUGGAUGUGAGGCCACUAAACUCAUCAAAUACAGACUUAUUUACUGAGUUCUGGGAGGCAUUAUUUGGCUGUAAGUUCAAACAAUCAAAAUCAACAGAGACUCAGAGAAAAUGUACUGGAGAGGAAGACAUACAUAGAGUGGAAAACAGCUUCACUGACAUGUCACUCAUGCCCAUAUUUAACAAUGUCUAUAAAGGAGUUUAUGCAGUGGCCAAUGCUCUGCACAAAAUGUUGAGCUGUAACAAAACAUGUUACAAGCAUAUGCAGCUACACCCAUUAACGAUUUUACAGCACAUUCAAAGAAGUAAUUUCAAAACAAAAGAAGGGGAUCAGGUUUACUUUAAUGAGAAUGGAGACCCUGCUGCAAAGUAUGAAAUUAUAAACUGGCAGCCAAGAGAAAAUGGUAAUGUGGACUUUGUCACCGUUGGUCUUUAUGAUGCAACAUUACCGACUGACAAACAAAUGAAUCUGCAAAACAAGUCUAUCAUUUGGACACAAAAUUCAUUGGAGGUCCCCAUCUCAGUUUGCAGUAAAACCUGUCCCCCAGGAACACAUAAGGUUCUCCAGAAAGGAAAGCCUGUGUGCUGCUAUGACUGUAUAACUUGUGCAGAAGGAGAAAUGAGCAACAUCACAGAUUCUGUCAACUGUGUGAGAUGUCCCCCGGAAUCUUGGUCAAAUGACAGAAGAGAUACUUGUAUAGAGAAGAAGGCUGAGUUUCUUUCUUAUGAUGAAAUUAUGGGAAUAUUGCUCACUGCUGCCUCUUUAUUUGGAACUUCUUUAACUUCUUUUGUAGCAUUAAUUUUCUAUAGAUACAGGAAAACUCCUCUUGUAAGGGCAAACAACUCUGAGCUGAGCUUUCUCCUCCUUUUCUCUUUAACCCUGUGUUUUCUCUGCUCUCUUACCUUUAUUGGACGGCCCUCUGAGUGGUCCUGCAUGCUGCGGCACACAGCAUUUGGUAUUACCUUUGUCCUCUGCAUCUCCUGCGUCCUGGGAAAAACUAUGGUGGUUUUGAUGGCCUUUAAAGCUACACUUCCAGGGAGAAAUAUGAUGAAAUGGUUCGGACCUACACAGCAGAGGCAAAGUGUUCUGAGUUUCACACUUGUACAAGUGAUCAUAUGUAUCCUCUGGUUAACGAUCUCUCCUCCUUUUCCAUCCAAGAACUUUAAAGAGUAUACGGACAAAAUAAUUUUGGAGUGUUCUCUGGGCUCAGCUGUGGGUUUUUGGUCUGUGCUUGGCUACAUAGGACUACUUGCCAUGUUGUGUUUUAUUUGUGCUUUUCUGGCUCGUAAACUGCCUGAUAAUUUCAACGAAGCUAAAUUUAUUACUUUCAGCAUGCUGAUAUUCUGUGCUGUGUGGAUCACUUUUAUCCCAGCAUAUGUCAGCUCUCCUGGAAAAUUUAGUGUAGCUGUAGAAAUCUUUGCUAUUCUCGCCUCUACAUUUGGACUGUUAAUUUGUAUUUUUAUUCCAAAAUGCUAUGUCAUGCUCCUAAAACCUGAAAGAAAUACAAAGAAACAUAUAAUGAGGAAGGGAGCAGCAAAAUGA